GCUGAGACCAACUGACCGUGUUUCGGGAUGUAGUAUCUCUAUCCUCUCAAGACCUUCUUCCUUUCUCUCUCUCUCUCUCUCUUUUCUGUUGCCUCAAGGAUAGUCACUCGCUUACAAUUUCGUGCUUCAAUCUUGGGACUUGUAGCGGAGAGAGCUCAUUGUCAUUGACUAUGCGUUUCUAUAAGUCAUUCUUCAGAGCAGCUGCUCUGCUUCUCUGUGUAUUAGUGCUGAUUGCCCGACCUGUCGAUGCCAGUGAUAACGCAGUACCUGUCGAUGGCGCACAACUUGACACAAGAGGACUCCAUUUCAAACGCAACUAUUUCCAUGUUCAGGUCUACCGGUCUGGGAGGAAGUAUCAUAGCUCCAAAGGGAGCUGGAUCGCCUUUCACGGGGGAGAUGGCUAUGUCGUGGACAACAUCCAGGAAGCUGAACGAUUCUAUAUUUUUGCCGGCCAAUUAAUUACUUCCAAGGGACAUUAUGUCCAUCUUGAGUUUAGCAACGGAUAUGCUAUAUUCAAAUGGGAGUCUAAGAGGCAGAGGAAUGGCAUUUGGUAUAGUCGCUGGGGGGACUUCCUUAGCAUCCGUGGGCCCGGGUUUACUUAUGGAAAAGGGGAAGGUGUCUGCUGUGUUGGCGAUGAUGGAUCGAUAUUCGUACAAAGGGGACGAAGAACACCUUUCCAAUGCCAUCCAAUCGACAUGCGCCCAAACCCUGGUACUAAACCUCUACCACCACCAACGCAUAAGCCAACGAAGAAGCCUACGCCACCUUGGACGACAAAAGGACCAACAUCAACAAAGACAACUAAGCCAACGACAACCAAGCUUCCGCAAUCAACUAAGACGUCAUACACAAAGACCACGAAACCUCCAACGACAAUGACAACAGCAACAACAUCCACCACAAAGAUGACAACAGGAACUGCCACUACUACAACAGUGGAAAUAACCACCAAGACAACCACCACCACUAGUGCCAACCCCUCUUGGGAUCCUGAUCCGGACAUGCAUCGCAGAGAUGUGGAAACUGACCCUGAACAAGAGGAUGAUGAAAUCUGAGUUAUUCGAAGAUGGGUACCUUAGAAGGCGAGUUUAUAGCUCAUUAAUAUGGGUAACCCAUCUCGACAGAGACUUGGGAGAGAUGCAGAUGGACAGGAAGUUUUCGGGGGUGUUCCGAGUGUGUGAUAAGGCAAUAUUGUAGCCCAUAUUGGACUGCUCAUCGUCCUUGAGCUUCCGAAAACCUCCUCAGAAAACGGCUUGAACGUAAGUAGUUUGGACGGGCUAAUCACGACGCGGCAAUAGACCUAGCAUCUCCCCAAUUCAUUAGAAGUUUCUCAUCAGAA